CUUCCCUCACCUAAGCUCUUCUCUCUAGCCCUAGCAAGACUCUUUCUCUCUCCCUCUCGCAGAAAAUUUGCUGUGUUUGUGCGCACACACACACACAUACAUAUAUGUGUAUAUGUAACAUAAAUUACUCUUGUACGGAGAUGAGAAAACCUUGUUGUGACAAGCAAGAUGUUAACAAAGGAGCAUGGUCCAGGCAAGAAGACCAGAAGCUCAUCGAUUACAUCGAAAAGCAUGGCGAGGGUAACUGGCGAUUGCUUCCCAAGGCUGCAGGGUUGGUUCGAUGUGGCAAGAGUUGUCGGUUGAGAUGGAUAAAUUACUUGAGGCCAGACCUAAAAAGAGGCAACUUUGGUGAAGAUGAAGAAGACCUAAUCGUCAAGCUCCAUGCUCUCUUAGGAAACCGGUGGUCACUGAUAGCUGGAAGACUGCCUGGUCGAACUGAUAAUGAGGUGAAAAACUACUGGAAUUCUCAUCUCAGGAAGAAGUUAAUGAGCAAAGGCAUCGACCCAGAUAAGCAUCGCCUAAGGCAGUCGACUGUUGUUCAUCUUCAACCUGUCGUCUCGCACGAAAGAGGGGAUAAGUUCUCUGAUGCUGCAACUUCUGCUCAUGACAACCAUAAACCAAUAUCUGAGUUGCCUGAUGUGAACCUUAAUCUCAGUUUGUCCAUUAAUUGACACCAUCUAAUUGUAUCAUUACAAAGAAGAAAAUAUCAGGCCAAUUAUGACGAAGACUGGAUGUUUUAUUAGUCUUUAUCGUAAUUUUAUUGCUGAUAUCAACUCACUAUAAAUGUAAAAAAAAAAAUUCUAGCUCCUGCUUCCUCAUCUUGUAACAGAAGUGUUUGUGAAAAUUAAUGCGUUUUGAACCAAUGAAACCUUCAUAUUACGAUUAAUAUU